AAAAAACUCAGAGAGCUUCACUUCUCCUUGUUUCUAUUUUCAUUUGUAAAACAUUCAUUUGUGCAGUCAUGGGAAGUUUGGGAACUGAACAACCAAAUGCUUUCAACUCUGGUCCUCACAACCAAACAGUUGAAGGAAACCCACAGAGUGCAGGAAAAAGAGGAAAAUCAUCAGAGAGGGAAAAACAAAUUGAAGACUGGCUUCCAGUUAGUUCUGAAAGGAAUGCAAAAUGGUGGUAUUCUUCUUUCCACAAUGUCACUGCAAUGGUUGGAGCUGGUGUUCUUGGUCUCCCCUUUUCCAUGGCAUAUCUUGGAUGGGGUCCAGGUUUGACUAUACUUCUCUUAUCAUGGACCAUCACUCUGUAUACAUUGUGGCAAAUGGUUGAGAUGCAUGAAAUGAUUCCGGGAAAACGUUUUGAUAGAUACCAUGAAUUAGGUCAACAUGCGUUUGGCGAAAAGUUAGGCCUUUAUAUUGUGGUUCCUCAACAACUUAUAGUAGAAGUUGGGGGCGACAUUGUCUACAUGGUCACCGGAGGUGCAUCAUUGCGGAAGUUCCACAAUACAGUGUGUUCAAGUUGCAAAAAUAUCAAAUUGACCUAUUUCAUUAUGAUCUUUGCCUCUGCUCAAUUUGUAUUGUGUCAUCUACCAAACUUGAACUCCAUUUCCGGUGUAUCCUUGGUUGCAGCAGUCAUGUCCAUUUGUUAUUCUACAAUUGCUUGGACUACUAGUGUACACAAGGGAGUACAAGAAAAUGUACAAUAUAGUAGCAAGGCUACAAAUACUGCAGAAUCAGUCUUUAAUUUCUUUAAUGCACUCGGCUCUGUUGCAUUUGCCUAUGCUGGACAUAAUGUGGUGCUCGAGAUCCAAGCAACAAUUCCAUCUACACCUGAGAAACCAUCUAAGGGUCCAAUGUGGAGAGGUGUUGUUGUUGCCUACAUUGUUGUUGCUUUGUGCUACUUUCCUGUUGCUAUUAUUGGUUAUUGGGUGUUUGGUAAUGAAGUUAAGGAUAAUGUCCUAAUCUCUUUGGAAAAACCAGUUUGGCUCAUCGCAAUAUCUAACCUAUUUGUAGUUUUACAUGUAAUUGGAAGCUAUCAGAUUUUUGCAAUGCCGGUGUUUGACAUGAUUGAAGGUGUUUUGGUGAAGAAAUUGAAUUUCAAACCAAGUAAAAUCCUCCGUUUUGUUGCGCGUAACUCAUACGUGGCAUUCACAAUGUUCAUUGCUAUUACAUUCCCAUUUUUCGGUGGCCUUCUAGGAUUUUUUGGAGGAUUCGCUUUUGCUCCAACAACAUAUUUUCUUCCAUGUAUCAUGUGGCUAAUCCUUUACAAACCAAAGAGAUUCAGCUUCUCUUGGUGGACUAAUUGGAUAAGUAUUGUUAUUGGCUUAUGUAUAAUGAUUUUGGCACCCAUUGGAGCAUUGAGGAGUAUUAUACUUGAAGCCAAGACCUACCAGUUUUACUCUUGAUCACCUAACUUUGUUAUCAUAACCAAGUUACAACUUCCCUUGACAAUGAUGAUAUCUACUUUCUCUAUGCUUUUCUCUAUGAUUUAUUUAUUUUCUGCCAAUGAACUAUCUAUUUUCCAAUUUCAAUGUACAUAACUGAGUUUCUAUUCAAUGAAGGAA